GAUACCGUCCAGUGUGGGAUGUAAACGUGCCAAUGUUAUUCUGCGAAAAAGCAUAAAAGCGACGUUUUGUUUAUAAAAAUAUAGGUCUAGAUCUAUAGAUUUAGAUCCAAAGAUAUUAAAAUGAGCGGAGAAGAAGCUGUCGGGCCAGAUGGGCUACCUGUUUCCAAAAAAGCUUUAAAAAAACAACAGAAAGAAGCUGAAAAGGCGGCCAAGAAAGCACAGUAUAAAAAACCAACUGAACAAGAGGCAGGUGAGAAAGAGGGGGAAGAUGUAUCCAAAGGCCUCUAUGGAGUUUUACCACUCUUCCAAUCACAAGAAAAGAUUCAGCGCCGCCUCUAUAAAAUUUCAGAAAUGUUGCCAGGCAUUGCUGGAGAAAAAGUGUGGGUUAGAGGAAGAUUGCAUACUUGUAGGAGCAAAGGCAAGCAGUGCUUUUUUGUUAUUAGGCAGCAGAAGUGGACUGUCCAGGGAGUAGCCAUGCAGAAUGAAACGAUCAGCAAACAGAUGAUCAAGUUUAUUUCAAGUGUGACAGCUGAGUCAAUCAUUGAUGUUGAGGGUGUGGUGCAAACAGUGGGUCAGAAAAUACAGUCUUGUACACAGCAGGAAGUGGAGCUACAUAUCAAGCAGAUUUGGGUGGUUAGUGCAGCUGAGCCACGAUUGCCCCUUCUUAUUGAAGAUGCUAGUCGACCUGAAGGAGAAGGGGAACUGGCAACUGUCAAUCAAGAUACAAGGCUAGACAACAGGGUACUUGACCUUAGGACAUUGACUAGUCAGUCUAUUUUUAGACUAGAGGCUGGGGUGUGCAGAUUCUUUCGUGACUAUUUGACAUCCAAAGGUUUUGUUGAAAUCCACACACCUAAGAUCAUUUCAGCUGCAUCUGAGGGUGGUGCAAAUGUUUUUGAAGUGACUUACUUCAAGACUAAAGCUUACAUGGCCCAGUCCCCUCAGCUGUACAAGCAGAUGGCAGUGUGUGCUGAGUUUGACAAGGUCUUCACUGUGGGAGCAGUAUUCCGUGCGGAGGAUUCCAACACCCAUCGCCACUUGACUGAGUUUGUUGGUCUAGAUCUUGAGAUGGCAAUCAACUAUCACUAUCACGAGGUCCUUGAUGUCAUUGGUGAUAUGUUUGUUAACAUGUUCAAAGGUCUACAGUCCGAGUAUGCUGAGGAAAUCAGUUUAGUCAACAAGCAAUUCCCAUCUGAGCCUUUUAAAUUUCUGGAACCCAGUUUGAUACUGAACUACAAGGAUGGUGUGGAGAUGCUGAGAAGUGCUGGCAUUGAGAUGGGAGAUGAAGAAGAUCUCACCACAGCCAAUGAGAAGCUGUUAGGAAGACUGGUGAAAGCAAAGUAUGACACCGACUUUUUCAUCCUGGACAAGUUUCCUCUUGCAGUCCGACCUUUCUACACCAUGCCAGACCCCUUUGAUUCAAAAUGGUCCAAUUCCUAUGACAUGUUUAUGAGGGGAGAAGAAAUCUUGUCUGGUGCCCAGAGGAUUCAUGAUCCAGAACUCCUGAGUAAAAGAGCUGAAGCUCAUGGAUGUCAGCUGGAUAAAAUCAAAGGUUACAUCGACAGCUUCAGAUAUGGUGCUCCUCCUCAUGGUGGGGGUGGGAUUGGUCUGGAGAGAGUGACCAUGCUUUAUCUGGGACUGGACAACAUCAGGAAAACAUCUUUGUUCCCUCGUGACCCCAAGAGGCUGACACCCUAAGUCACUUUAGUGUUGCUAUGAGAUUUAAAAUCAACUUACUGUUUAAUUAAACAAUUAGGGUGGGUCAAAGCUACAGAUAUUGAAACAUAAGCUCAGGUCUUGUUAAUUAAGUAAGUUGUAUCCUCUCCACCUGCUUGUUUGUGUACAUCUCAAGUCAAAUGUAUUUAUUCUUAUUGCUUUAACAUAACCCAUGUGAUGUCUGUAUGUGCGCAGUGUUGUUGGUCACAUUUCCCCCUUUUAAGUGUUUUUUUUUGGGUAUGCAACUUUUUGUAAAAUCAGUGAAAGUAUGAAAUGUCUGCCUCUAAAUUUAGAGAAUAAAAAAUGUAUUGAAAAUAC